AUGCCCAUCCAUAAAUUAAAAUUUUUAUUUAUUUCCCAAAAUAUUCAGUUAUUAUUCUUUCUUUUUUCAUUCUUCCUUCUUUUUUCUUUUUCCUUUUUGUUCAUUUUUCAUUCUUUUCUUUUUCCUUUCUUUCUUUUCUUUUUCCUUUUUUUCUUUUCUUUUUCCUUUCUUUCUUUUCUUUUUCUUUUUUUUCACUCUUUCUCCCUUUUUCUUUCCAUUCUUUCUUUCUUUUAUUUUUAUUUUUCAUUCUUUCUUUCUUUUGUUUUCUUUUUCAUUCUUUAUCCCUUUCUCUUUCUUUUUUUAUUUUCUUUUUCUUUUUUCUUUCAUUCUUUCUCUUUUGUCUUUUCUUUCUUUCUUUCUUUUUCAUUUUUAUCUCUUUCUCUUUCCUUUCUUUCUUUUCUAAUUCUUUUCCCUUUUUCAUUCUUUUUUCUUUUCUUUCUUUUUUCUCUCUUUUUUCAUUCUUUCUGUUUCCCUUUUUUCUUUUCUUUUUCAUUUUUUCUCACUUUCUCUUUCCUUUUAUUUUUCACUCUUUCUCCUUUUCCUUUCCUUUCUUUCUUCCCCUCGCUUUGA